AUGCACAACCUCCUUUCAGAGCCCCAUAAGUUGGCACUGGCUUCUCGUUACGGGUUGGUGAAUGUGCGGGAAAAUUCUUUAGAAGCGCCGACAGCUGCAGCUGUUGAAAGAAUAGAAGAUCCGUUCGUUCAGCCUCAGGCAGCCGCUCACUGGGCGGAGCUGCAGACGGUGUUUGGUUACGCCCCCUGGAAUAUUUUCGCCUCUAAGGGCGACUUCAUACCCCGCGAUCUUCUAUGCAAAUUGCAGGAAAAAUGCAACAGUGAAACGUCAAAAGCUGAAGCAGAAACAAAAGCAGCAGCAGCAACAACAGCAGCAGCAGCAGGUGAGCCCGCGACGAAAGGAAGCAGCAGCAGCAGCAGCAGUAGAAGCACAAACAAACAGAAAGAAAGAGACUUUGCGUCUCCGAUUUCCAGCCGCAAACGAGUGGCAAUGCAAAACCACAGAAGAGACAACGGCGAACCCUCACCUCAACAGACACUCCGCGAUCCUUCUACUCCUCUGCGAGCAGCUUCUGCUGCUGCUUCUGCUGCUGCUGCUGCUUCGCGGCAAGGAAGCGCCUGCUGCACCCCAAUAAAGCCCGGAAAGCAGCCGCUGCAGUCGCGAGCACAUACACCAGGUGCGCGUACACCGCAACGUUUAACCCCCGCGUCUGUAGGCAGACUAAGAAAGAGGAAUGUGGAGAUUAGUGAAUCUGCCUCUGAAGAGGCAGCCAGCCAGGGGCGAGCAGAAUGCUCUGCAGCAACUCCAAAACAAAGAAGAAACGCAAGUGAUGAAGUGCAGCAAGAGGCGGGCUUGCAAGUUCAGCAGGAGUCAGCUGCCUAUACACCCCAACCCACAGCAUCUGCACAACUCCAUGAAGACGAUGUGAAGUCCAGAGAGACAAAAGCAGAAAAAGAAAAAGAAAAUGCAACAAUUAAAGAGACCCCCACGGAUGCAUCCACUGAACGAGAGCCAGCAGCCGCCUCCACUCCUUCGACUCCUUCUGCAGCCGCUGCUGCUGCUGCUGGUGCAGUUACCGAGACAAAUGCAGCAGCUGCUGCAGCUGCAGAUCCGUCUGUGCUGUCCGCUGCAUCGGCUGCUGUUGCAUCGUCGGCUGAGACGAAAGAGGCGAAGGAGGCGGAAAGGUGCGGAGACACCCCAGAUGUCGCUCCGCAUGCAGCAACAGCAACAGCAACAGCAACAGCAACAACAACAGCAACAGCAGCAACAACAGCGACAGCAACAGCAGCAGAGAAGGGAUCGGAGGCAGGCGGCCGCAGCUACAGCUGCAACGGCCCCCGGCAGAUGAAGCUGACAGAACUUUUCCGCUUCACCUUGAAUAAAAUGAAGGGUAAGGUGCAGCUGCCAAUCGCUGAAAUAUCUAAGAAUAGGAAACCAACGGUGCGAGAAGACGAAGAAGAAGAAGACGAAGAACAGAUCAUAAAGGCGCACAAGAAAAAGAAAAGACGCCUCAUUGACGACGAUCUACUCGCGACAAAUGCUGCUGCUCCUGCUGCUGCGGAUGCAGCAGCAGCUGCUGCUGCAGCAGCUGCAGCAGAAUCUAGUCGUCAUCCUUCUGCAUCUCAGGGAGACGGUUUGCCCCUAUCAAAAGCUUCAGCCGGCGAUGAGGGAGUGAAGGCUGCAGAAGACAGACAUGAAAACGAAAAGGGGAAAGAGGGGUCCCCACAGGCAGCAGGAGAUGCAGCUGACGCAACAGCAGCAGCAGAUGCAGAAAAUGCAGCGGACGACCGAAAAAGUUCACAGGCGACACAUGCUGAAGGUGAAGAAGAGGAAGAAGAAAAGGGAGAGGAAGAAAAAGAAGAACAAGAGGCAGAAGAAGAAGAUAAUGAGGAAAGGAGGAGACAGCAGGAGAAAAAAAGACAGAAAGAACUCCGUAGAAAACAGAAAGAGGCAGAGUACAGAAAGCAACGAAGAAUAGAAAGGAAGCGACAAAUGCGCGAAAUAGUUCGGAGAAUGGUGGAAUAUGAAGCGGAAGAAAACGAUGAAGAAUUACGAGACGACGAUGACUAUGCAGCGGCUUUAGAAGAAUUAAAACAUCGACUAGCCAGAGAAGACGAUGAUGAAGAAGAUGAUGAAGAAGACAGUGAAGGAGAGUUUCUUGAGGAUUUAAUAGCACAGCCUGAAGAUGCAGAGGAAGAGGAAAGAAACGAAGAUCGCGAGGCGAUGAAUAUGAAGUUGCAACGAGACCUAGGCGAGAGAGAAGAAGAAGUUUAUGAACGCCUAAUCGGAAGAUACCGCCGCGGAGGCGAGAAAGGAGUACAAGAAUUAACUGAACAGGAAUUGCUGGAAAUUGAACUGGAAGAAAGAAGAAGGCGAAUUGCAAAACGCAGAAAACUUUUCGGCGACGGCGCAUUUGCGGCACUCGACUUAGAUGACUGGCUGUCUGAAGACGACGAUUCAGACGGCACUUCCGGCAGCGAUGAAGAAGAAAAUGAAGCAGAAAUUGGGGCUGAGGAUAUAGUGCGUUGGUCUACUCUCGCACUGACAGAAGAGCAGAAAGUAUCAGCAGAAGAGGCGGCAGUAAAGGCGCAAACGACCCCAGCGCAGCUCGUAGCGAAGUGCAGAGAGAACGCCUCUCGCCGCCAGAAAAUUCAAAUGCUGCGGCUUGCGCAACCUAAGGAAACGGAGCAGAAACCGAUCCAUAAAGGGACAGCAGAAAGCAGAACUGGCGAAAAUACAGGCGACAACGCGCAGAAAACAAGCACCAGCAACAACAGCAACAACAAGCCGCAAGAGGAAGCCGCCGUUGAAGACGAGAAAGUCCGGCUGACAGAACACUCGGAAAGCGACGAGGACGAAAUGGAGAACCUCCUUAAAAAAGCAGCAACAGUGCAAGUUAAUAAUGCGCUUAAACCCAAGCAAUUCAGUCGAAACAAUAAAAUAAACAAAAACGGAUUACCCCCAACCUGCAUCCGCUUUUCGCCGAUGUUUCAAAGAGAUUUGGAACUGUCCGGCAGCAGCAGCCGGACUGUUGCCCCUGUAUUUGAUGGGUUUCGAACGCGGGACCUGCCGAAAGCGAAACCGAAACCGAAGUCGCAUCAGAGCCCUCAAGAUUUAUCUGGAGCUCCCUCUUCGAAGAAACCGAGUUCGGGAUUUUCAGGUCUAUUGACUCGACUCCUCGAUUCGUCUUCGGAGCAGCGGAAACAGAAGCCGAAAUCUUGA